AUUUCUCCACCGAUCACCGGUUGGCUAGGUCGUCAUUUAUGUUCGAGCGCUCUCUCUCUCUCUUCACCUAUUUCUCUCAUUCGAAUCCAACCUUCACGCAUUAACCGUUGCGACGUUCGCCGGAGAAUCGGGCUCGGCCACCGCUCUCCGAUGACCGCUCGAUAGGACAUCAUGGCGGAGCACAACAGCGCCGCCGUCAACGACGGCGAACCAGAACCGCAACAGAACGAACACAAUCUCCACAACCACAACGACGACGACGAGAAGAGUUCAGAUCCAGAGCUGUUCUGCUGUUUGCUGCAGCCAGCCAUCGCCGACGGCGAUCCCGAGUACGUCGGCAUUCGCCGCCUCCUCCUUUAUCGGAAGGCGGAGGCCGGAGUUCUCCGCCGCAGAGAUUGGAGAUGCAAUGGUAAAACUUAUGUGGCAUACCGGAAUUACAUAUCUAGGCCUACGAACUGGGAUAGGGAAAGUUCACGUGCCCCAAGUCUCCAGAGUACUCCAGGAAACAGUGGCCGAUGGUUUCCAUCUCCAGGUCCACACUCCCGUUGGUCUGAGGUGGACAGCUGGGGUUCCGGGCGAGAUCUACAAAAUGCAAAUCCAGUAUAUAAUCAUAGAACGAGUUUUGCUUCAAGUGCAAGUGAUUCUGAUCGUCCUAGGCACCGUGGGGUUGAGGCUGCCUAUUCUUUUGUUGGAAUGCAUUGCAUUUUUGAUCAGUGCAAAGCUUCUGUUACGGUAUUGAAGUUUGGGCACAUGAGUUCUGAUCUACUUGCUUAUGGGGCAUCGGAUGGAACCUUGACUGUAUGCAGUAUAUCUGAUGAGAAAUCUUCAGUCAUCAAACAAUUAGAUGGGCAUUCCAAAGAUGUCACAGAUUUUGAUUUUACAUCAAACAAUCAAUACAUUGCAUCGUCUUCAUUGGAUAAAACUGUGAGAGUGUGGGAGAUAGUGAAAGGUGUUUGCAUACGGGUGAUAUAUGGAGUCUCUUCACAAUUGUGUAUCCGUUUUCACCCUGUAAAUAACAACUUCCUUUCAGUUGGCAAUGCAAACAAAGAAAUCAAUGUGUUCAAUUUUAGUACUGGAAGGAUAAUUAAUAAAUCACUAUUUGACAGUGAAGUUACCGCUAUGGACCAUGACCAUACAGGACAUCUCAUAUUUUGUGGAGAUGCACAGGGAUGUAUAUACUCAGUAAAUAUGAACACCCACACCGGUGUAUUAUCUCGCUCUCAUCGUUAUCGAAGUAGUAGCAGAUACAAAUCUCCUGUCACAACAGUGCAGUACCGGAGCUUCUCUCUACUGGCUCGGGGACCGGUGUUGUUGACAUGUACUCAGGAUGGAAACCUGUCUUUCUUCAGUGUGGCUUUGGAGAUAAAAGGUUAUUUAACCAUUCGAUGCUCGCUCAAAUUAGCUCCGCGAAUACACAAAAUUCAAGCUUCUUUCUGUCCUCUUCUUUCCCUUGAAAAAGGGGAAUUCAUAGUUACUGGAAAUGAGGACUCAAAUGUCUAUUUCUAUGAUUUAACGCGGCCAAAACAUACAUGUGUGAACAAGCUUCAGGGUCAUCGGUUUCCUGUGAUGGGUAUUUCAUGGAACCAUGGAGAAAACUUAUUGGCUUCAUCUGAUUUUUAUGGCGUAGUAAUUGUGUGGAAGAGAGAAAGAUCAAAUCAAAAGUAAAAUACAUAACAAUAGAGGUUUAAUGCGUAUAGUUGAGGACUUGUAAAGAUAGCUUUCUUUACACUGUUACACUGUUUUCCUUUCUCUUUCCCUUUUACCAUAUUCCUUUUGUAUUUUUUGUGCUAUUAUUUUUUAAUUUUUUAAUUUUGUUACAAUGUACUUUGUAUCCAUGAAGUCAAUCAAUUAAUCAUCCACAGCCUCACAGGAAACGGAAGAAAUUAUAUUCAAAAAGUGUAUUGUUUUGUGAGGAAGAAAAUGUGUUCUUUAGACACGAUUAGGGAUUUUGUAUACGAAUUAUGAGGAAUAUAUAGAUAUUCUGUUUUGACAUUC